UUGCUCCUGCACCAACGCGACUUUCUUCUUUCAGAUCUACAUGCCACCAAUCUUAACUCUCAAAUUGAAAGACCGAGCCUUUCCAACGCUGGGAAUGAAUUCACCGAUUACGAGCUCUUGAUGGCUGGUUUCAAUAUGCUCAAGAUUGUGGUGAAGAUUGGCAUGGUUAUUUCGUCUGUUGACGACUUUCAGUCAGACAAGUUCACUUAAAAUGAUGACCUGGGAGGGAAACGAUAAAACUGAAGAUUACUUUCGGUUUUGGUGCAUAUUGACAGCUGUGGCGGUUAUGGAAGACGCCGAGUGGGUCAUUCUACUUAAAAUUGAAAGCACGAGGACCAAGCCUACGGUAUACGCAGACUUGAUGGCUAUGAACGGUCUUUGCCUCACAGCCAUCCAAAAUGAUUGAGUCUAGUAUGGAGAGGGUGCAUGAUAUUACGAAUCUGGAUGAAGUCUGUCUCACAUUGGAGACCAACAAAUGGCCGAUAGAGCCAUUCUUUCCUUCAAGCCUUGAUCGCUUGACACUCUCGCUGCCUGACGACCUUGCAAUGUGGAAUUUUCUAAACUGAGUGACCACAGAAAUCCGCACUCGGCGAAUUGAUUCUCGUUAAAGGGAUCUGCAUGGUGAUUCUCUAAGCUACAGGCACCUCCAUCCAGUUUUAUAAUUCGUGGCGAUACAGCCGCUACCGCUAAAUCGCGAACGCCCUCCUAGACUUUCCUCUAUACAUGCAAUACUGAUAUCUUCAUUGAUUAUAGUUAUUAGUGCCCUUCAAAAGUAGCAAAGGGGGAGAGAUAGCUACAGGCGUAAAUUACCUUUGGAUAUCCAGCAGCAGAUGGCUACAGCAACCGGGAUGUGACUAAGCACUGCGCCACGCCUAUGUUGGGGGCAGCGACAAAACUCGUCUAUCGACCAUUACGGUAGUUCCUUCUCUUGAACCACCCGCCAUCUCCUCGAUCGUCCAUCCCGGAGCAGCGAAUUCAUCAUGCCCAAAGCCGUCGGCAAGUCCAAGAAGCCCGCUCCCGCUCCUUACCCUGCCAAGGGUCAGGCCGUUGCUAAAAAGGCCAAGAACCCUUUGAUUGAGAAGCGUUCCAGGAACUUUGCUAUCGGCCAGGACAUUCAGCCCAAGCGUGACCUUAGCCGUUUCGUCAAGUGGCCCCAGUACGUGCGCCUUCAGCGCCAAAAGGCCAUCCUCAAGCAGCGCUUGAAGGUUCCCCCAGCGAUCAACCAGUUCACCAAGACCUUGGACAAGAACACUGCCACUCAGUUGUUCAAGCUCUUGAACAAGUACCGCCCUGAGUCCAAGCAGGAGAAGAAGACCCGUUUGACUACUGCUGCCGAGGCUGUUGCUGCUGGCAACAAGGUUGACCAAGGCAAGAAGCCCGUUGUCGUCAAGUACGGUAUCAACCACAUUACUGCUCUGGUUGAGGCCAAGAAGGCUCAGCUGGUUGUCAUUGCUCACGAUGUCGACCCCAUUGAGAUUGUCAUCUGGCUUCCUGCCCUUUGCCGCAAGAUGGGUGUCCCAUACUGCAUUGUCAAGUCCAAGUCCCGGCUCGGUACUGUUGUCCACAAGAAGACCGCUACCGCUAUUGCUUUGACCGAGGUGAAGCCCGAGGACAAGCACGAGCUUGCUGCCCUUGUUGGUGCUGUCAAGACCAACUACAAUGACAAAUUCGAGGAGAUCCGCAAGACCUGGGGUGGUGGUAUCAUGGGUCAAAAGUCUAACAACAAGACUGCGGCCAAGGAGGCCAAGGCCGCCAAGGAGAUCCGGGUGUAAGAUGUUUUGUAUAAGCAUAUCAAAUAUACAGAUUCUUCACACCGAAUAUACCCCGUCUCUGGUUUUGCACCCUUAAGGAAUUUCCGUGCAACUGAUCAAAAAUGAUAUGAAGUGAUGUAUUCGUGAACUGCUUUGAACGAUUCUUUUUUCUGACAAACAGUGGCAAUGGAAGGAAUACAGAAAAAAAUUCAAAAUUGCGAAAACUAACUUUUGUACAACGAGUUUUGAACCAUUCCCUAUUUUUUGCUUGCAGAGAUUCUGCAGCGGUGAAAAAAUGGACUACAUGCGUAACAUGAUGAAUGCGGUGUUCAGGCAACCGCCGCCAGCCUCUGCGGCUC